UGAAAUUCAACCAUGGUACACUGCAGAGCAGAUAAAAAACGCUGCCCACCUACUUAAUACUUUAAGAUUCAACAACGGCUUUGAGCAGUGGUUUGCACCAGAAURCAAGAGAGGGCAAGGACACCAAGACUACUCCAUUCUAUGUGGUUUAGCUGCAGAAUUUUUAAUAGAUCUCUUUGGUAAUGUAUGGAAUAGUACAGAGAAAACUGUUGUUUUGCCAAAAGGGAGAAAGAAGUUUCAGCCAUACUACUUACCUACAAUUGAUGCUACUGUUGACCAGAGGAGUCUUCCCCUUGGCUAUGCCUGGGAUAAGGAUCAACCAGAUCCUGAAAAGCUUUGUGAUGCAAACAAUUGUGUAGUCCAAGACCAUGACUAUUGUCGACUGUUAACUUGUGGUCACUCCUUUCAUAUCCACUGCAUGCCUGAUGGAAGUUGUCCAGUGUGUUUGCCAAACCUAUUGUCUAAAAUCUCCACAGUUUCUACUACUUUCAAUAUUGGGCUUCUAGAAAAGAACGACAACAACCUUGAUGAUGGUGACGAUGAGGAUCCUGAUGAUGAUAAYGACGAAGACGAUAUGCCAAGCACUCCAAAGAGUUCAUCGUUUUAUUUAUCCACCGAAUUCAAGAUAUCCCUAAAAAAUCGAUUCCAUCGAAAAGUAGCAGAAGAGUAAC